GGGGGGCCCUGGCUGGCACACAUCCUUGUGGAUCGCCAUCCGUCGCGCAGUUCGGAAUUAUGUCUUGACGAGUUUCGACGCGUUGUUGCCCGGAUCCUGUUUCGGCUCCGUGCUUUUCUUACACCUCUGCUGUAGUCCGAGAUCCCAUCCCGUUGCUCCAGCCAGCCAGCCAGCCCGCCAGCGAACUUCUCGGCCCUUCUCUCGCUCCUCUCUCUCUCUCUCUCUCUCUCUCUCUCCGUCUCUCUUAUUCAUCCUCGCACUAGCGUGGUGGGGUUUUGCCGUCUGUGGAUCUGCUCCUCACUCCUCUCUCUCUCUCUCUCUCUCUCUCGGCACGGGACGCAGGUUCAGUGCAAGGCAAGGCCUGGAGUCGAAGUAAGUAAGUCACGAGACAUGGUCUUGCGCUCGGGCGCUGCUUCGUCGGAAAAUCGGCGCGUGCACGCGCAUGUGCGAGCAGCAGCGAAGAAGGCGUAGGAACAAAAGAGCGAAGAGGACGACGAAGGGGAAGAGGACGGGAGGAGGACGUAGUGGUGGUGGGGGUAGUGGUAGAUCAUCACUCGGCAGCAGUGAGUGAGUGAGUGAGUGAGCGAGCGAGCAGGAAGCAUGCGAGCGUAUGAAGAGGAUCUAUGACGGCUUUAGAGGAGGGGAGGAGGAUCGCGAUUUGCUCGUAGAGUAUGGAUGGCUCUUCUGUGUCAAUCCCACUCGGCCCUUGUGCAGUGGCAGGGAAAACUCUGGCAAGGUUUGGCGGAUAGACGGUUCGCUCCUGCGCUAGCGCUAGCUCUAGCUCUGGCUCUGGCUCUGGCCUGAAAUCGUCCCAGUCGUCGGUGGUAGCGCAGGCAGAGUGGCCGGCAGAUUGCCUCGCAAUUGUGGCGUUGCCGGAAGGAAGCGGCAGCUGGAGCACUCAGCAGCAUGGCAUUGUUUGCGAAAUUUCUGUGUUGCACCGGAGCUGCUGGCGGAGAUGCUUCCGAUAAGAAGGGCAGCACGUGGAGGAUAUUCAGCCUUAAGGAGCUGCACGCUGCGACGAAUAACUUUAAUUAUGACAACAAGCUCGGUGAAGGUGGUUUCGGAAGUGUCUACUGGGGCCAAUUAUGGGACGGAUCAAACAUUGCUGUCAAACGGUUGAAAGUGUGGAGCACGAAAGCCGAGAUGGAGUUCGCGGUGGAGGUCGAGAUUCUCGGACGAGUUCGACAUAAGAAUCUUCUGAGCCUUCGCGGUUAUUGUGCCGAGGGCCAAGAGCGACUCAUCGUCUACGAUUACAUGCCCAACCUCAGCCUCCUCUCCCACCUUCACGGCCAAUAUGCCUCCGACUCCCUUCUGGACUGGCGCAGACGAAUGAGCAUCGCCAUCGGAUCCGCAGAAGGACUAGCGUAUUUGCACCACUUCGCAACGCCGCACAUCAUUCACAGGGAUGUGAAGGCGAGCAAUGUGCUGCUGGAUUCGAACUUCGACGCGCAGGUGGCGGAUUUCGGGUUCGCCAAGCUGAUCCCGGACGGGGCGACGCACGUGACGACGAGGGUGAAAGGGACUCUGGGGUACCUGGCGCCGGAGUACGCCAUGUGGGGGAAGGUGUCGGAGAGCUGCGAUGUGUACAGCUUCGGGAUUCUGCUGCUGGAGCUGCUGAGCGGCAAGAAGCCGAUCGAGAAGCUGGGGCCCGGCACGAAGAGGACGAUCGUCGAGUGGGCAGCGCCGCUCGUGUUCCACGGCAAGCUGGACGAGCUGGUGGACCCGAAGCUGAACGGCAAGUUCGAGGAGGAGGAGCUGCGGCGCGUGGUGAAAGUGGCCACCAUGUGCGCGCAGAACACGCCCGAGAACCGACCCACCAUGCUCGAGGUGGUGGAGCUGCUCAAGGGCGAGGACAAGGAGAGCUCCGCCCCUGCCAAGGACGCCAAUGGCCUCCAAGACCCCGACAAGCUCAAGCUCGACACUGUAAAGUACGGCGACGAAUUGCUGGCGGCCGACGAGGGCUCCGAGUCGAAUUCUGCCAGUGGCCCCCUUCCUGCCGCCGACGCCCCCCCUGCCACCACCACCACCACCGCCCCGUCAGGCCUCGGCCCCAAGUCCAAAGAGAAGGCCCGUGGGCGUUGAUGUAUUCUCGUUUGCUUAGCUUUGCGAAUGUGUUUGUUUCAUAAACUUCAGGCUGGUCCAUGGUCUUGUCUACAAUGGCGAAGCGGCGGCUGAACUCAACUCAGCUCAUCUCAAUUCAACUCAUCUCCGAAUGCUGGCCUAGCCUUGGCGUGAUGGAUGUCAAGUCAGCUUUACAGGCCACUACCGAAGACUCGUCCUGCUGGAGUGGAUGGUAUGGUGUGCAAAAGCACAAGCCAGCCACAUCCAGCCAGCCAGCCUGCCUGCCCAGCCAGCUCGCCAGCCGUGCUAUGUGAAUGGUGGAGAUCUUGUACCUGAUUGUUAGAGCUUGGUAUUUGAGUCAGGAAUUCGUUGAAUCCUGGGUGUAGAUAGGAUACACAAAUUAUUUUUCUCUAGUCACACUAGAUAGCUCAAAGCCUUCCCUUUCUCUUACCCGAAUUGUUUAUUCAGUCGCAACAAAUUGCCAGGCCUCGGUCCGUCUGUGUACGAGCAGUGCAGCGGAGAAAGGCCCAUUGUUAGUUUACACUUAGACCUUUGAUGUUGUUACUGAGAAGGAGUUAAAUUGUGAAGAAUCACGUGUCUCUGAAG